AUGGAAGAUAUGGUGUUUGAAUCAAUGUUUGAGUUAGAAGAGGGAGAUAUAAUCGCCCCCAAGCGAAAGUCACGACGAAGAAAAGCCUGGAAGCCCACAUGGAUUCGACUUGGAGUUGGCUGUUUGCUGCUUCUUGGAGUCACUCUAGCUGUUACAGUCGGAAUUCUCCGUCUGGUUUCAAAUGGAACAAAAUCAGGCGGUGUCACAGAGACAAAAGCUGACACGUAUGAACCGGUUUUUCAAGUCGUACUCACAACCGAUCACGUUUUGAAUGAUAAUCAUCAGCCAUUCGUCAUAAAAAAUCUCCAUGACAUUGCGGCUGAGCUAACAAGAUAUCUACACGGAAAACAGAUACAUGUGAUCAGUGGUUCAUUUCGUAAUGAUUAUGAUUCACAAAGAACCAAUUGUAAAGAUGCUCUACAUGGCAAUGUUCUUGAUCUAUAUAUUCUACCUUCGUAUACAAGGGAAUGUGUAUCUGCACAAGAUAGUAAAUGCAAGACUCGGCUGGUCAACAAUUUGCGGUAUAUGUUUCGUCGAUUAUUGACUGUUCCUCUUGCAGUUCAACUCAACGAUGAUUAUGCCAACAACACGAACGUGAAACUGUGCGACGUUGAACUUGUAGAUGAUCAUCUCAACCAAUCUGUUGCCAGAAAUAUAUCAGUAGGGCGAAAAAUUAUAAAACCGUUAGCACCAGCCAACUCGUCGAUGCGGAUCGAGCAACUAAACAGAAUACAGAAUUAUUCAUAUGCGACUCCAAGACAAUUCCCUUGUACGCUAAGUUUGAAUAAAAUUGGUCUGGUUCAGAUGGAUGGAGAUGAUAAUUCGAACAUUCAAGACGAUAUGCGAUCAUAUAUCAAUAAUGGCCAAUACCGUCGCGCGUUCAUUCUGACAGUAUUUGAAGAUUCUGUGCACAAGCUCCACGUUCAAAUGGCCUGCGGUAUAUAUUUGGGCGAGCGAUCAUCUAACAGUCCAUGCAGCAACUCAUUGAGUGUACAUCUUUGGAUCGACUUCGAUAGCAAUGGAUACGAUGAUGAAGAAAGUCGAAUGUUACAUCGAUCUUGGUUAACUGGUGAAAUGUCUACUGGCGCCUAUGAUUUAGAUGUCUACAUACCUGCGAUUGAUGAUAAAACGGUACGAGCUGGACAGCAUACAAUGAAAAUCACCGUGAUGCCAUCUCGUGAAUAUCAAAGUGAAUGCGGUACGGUAAAUUAUAGUGAGAGAAAAGAUUAUACAUUGAAUAUUGUGCGAAAACCAAGACAUAUAGCUACUGAGCUAAGCCCAUAUAUCUAUAUGAAUCCUCUCUGUGCGAGCGAUUUUGGAGAAAUAACCUCUGUUCUGAUGGCUGGCGAAAAGGGUACAGAAAUCCGUGACGAUGUACCCAGAAAUUCUUCAAUGAAUUCCAAUCAGAAUGAACAUAAUUUUCAGGUGAUUUUGUAUGAACAUACAAUUUAUCUGCUACGUGUUCAGUUGAACUGUUCGUCGCAACAACAAACGCAAUUAACUGGAACGGGAUGUAAUCCUGCGCAAGACAUCAACGUCUUCAUCGAUAUGAAUGACGACGGUCGCUAUGACUCAUUUGAAAUUGGUGCGCCACAUCGUUGGCCUAUCACGAGCUAUCUCCCGGAUGGAGUCGUUGAUCUGCAAGUGUACAUUCCGUAUCUCGAUAGUCGUUAUGUCACGUCUGGUCAGCACCAAAUGAAAAUAGUAGUUACACCAAGUGAUCGAUACCUACGAGUUUGUGGCGAUAUCGACUUUAUGGAAACCAGAACCUACUACGUUAACAUUAUCUCAAAGACAGCCAUCAUACCACCUAAUAUACAUACAUUGACAAGCGUAACUCAUGACAGCAUCGUUUGUACGCCACAAGUUAACAAAAUUAUUCUUGUUGUUAUGGACAGUGAACAUGACAGCCAAAUUCGAGACGAUCCUUCCAUCAACGCUCUACUUGGACCACACGACGAACGCCAACAUCAUUUACCCAUCAUGCUUCAUGAGGGUAUUACGUAUUUACUACGCCUUCAAUUUGAGUGUGCAGUACAUCAAGAUUCAAACUCAGCAGAAAACAAUUGUGAUCUUCCCUACGAUCUCAGCGCUUGGAUCGACUCAGAUGAUAAUGGAGAAUACGAAGAAUGGGAAAGUGCCACUCCUUAUCGGUGGCCAUCGACUAGUUAUUUACCGAAAUCAGUUUACGAUUUGCAAAUUGUCGUACCUGUAGUUGAUGGUAGAAAGGUCAAAAGCGGACCUCAUCGUAUGAAGUUAUUAGCAACGUUAAACGAACAGCACCGCAGGAAAUGCAAUAUGCAUGAUUAUCAAGAACUGCGCUACUACGCAGUUAAUAUUAUUCCACAUGCACCACUGUCGAACAAACUUGGCGGUCCGUCUCUUAGAUUGAGUGAUCAAGUAUGUACCCAAAGUUAUGGCCGAAUCGUACUCGUUCUUCUGGCCGGUGAAAGAGGAACGGAAAUCCGUGAUCAGACUCCCAAUAAUACUAUCAUUGAUGGAUAUCAAAAUCGGCAUCAUAUGGCUGUGACGGUCUAUGAAAAUACUAAUUAUCGUAUUCGUAUUCAGCUCGACUGUGAAGUGAUGUCCAAUAGAGGUCCACUAAGAAGUGAUUGCAAUUUAGCGCUGGAUGUCAACGUUCUCAUCGAUCAAAAUAAUGAUCGAAGAUACGAUAAAACAGAAACAGUCACUCCGCAUCACUGGCCUUUGCGAAAUUCGGCACCAUUAGGACUCUACGACUAUGAUAUUCGUACACCAGCAAGUGCAAAUGAAUACUAUCGACAACAAAAUGAACGACAUCUAAUGCGUAUUGUCGUCAAGCCGAGCGAUGAACAAAUUACGAAAUGUGGCCAUACGGAUUAUGCGGAGUUUCGAGAAUAUAGUUUGAAUAUCAUCUCAAGAACGGCUAUUCACGAAUAG